AGAGACGCCAGCCACCGGCGGCGCUAGCCCCUCGGAGCAGAGUGCAGCACGGAGCCGCCCGAGGCUGUGGAGACCACCCUGGCCCUCUACCCUUGCUCCCUCCGGGGCCAGGUGUAAAGAAACCUUAAGAAAGUUCUAAUCUAGAACAAGCUCCCAGAGAUGUUGACUGCCUAAGUUAACCAUGAACAUGAUUUUAAAAUGUUAAUAUAUGAACCAAGACCAUGGGGAACUCAUAUGCUGGGCAACUGAAAUCUGCUAGAUUUGAGGAAGCUCUACAUAACUCUAUAGAAGCCUCGCUCAGGUGUAGCACUGCAGUGCCUCGGCCAAUCUUUUCCCAGCUCUACUUGGACCCAGACCAGCACCCUUUCUCAUCUGCAGAUGUCAAACCGAAGGUGGAGGAUCUAGAUAAAGACCUAGUACACCGCUAUACUCAAAAUGGCAGCCUGGAUUUUUCUCACAAUGUAGCAAUAAAUGAAAUGGAAGAUGAUGAAGAUGAAGAAGACAUGUCUGACUCAAACAGUCCACCAAUUCCCUACUCACAAAAACCUGCCCCGGAAGGAUCUUGCACAACAGAUGGGUUUUGUCAAGCUGGAAAGGAUUUGCGUUUAGUAUCACUGUGUAUGGAACAAAUUGACAUCCCAGCUGGAUUCCUGCUGGUGGGGGCCAAGUCUCCUAAUCUUCCUGAACACAUCCUGGUUUGUGCUGUAGACAAGCGAUUUCUACCAGAUGACCAUGGGAAAAAUGCACUUUUAGGGUUUUCUGGAAAUUGUAUCGGUUGUGGAGAAAGGGGAUUUCGAUAUUUCACAGAAUUUUCUAACCACAUUAACUUGAAGCUCACCACCCAGCCAAAGAAGCAGAAGCACUUAAAGUACUACCUCGUCAGAACCUCCCAGGGUGUGUUAUCAAAGGGACCUCUAAUCUGCUGGAAAGAAUGUAGAAGCCGACAAUCCUCUGCUCUUUGCCAUUCCACGAAGGCUGUUUCUUCAGUGUCAUCAACUGUGGCUCCAGAAAAUAAUGGAACAGCUAAUGGAUACAAAGCAGGCUUCACUCCGACAGAAGCAGCAAAUGGGACCAGUGGCCAUGGUGGAAAGAGCAGCACAUCCGGUUCCACCCCAUCUCAUCCUGGGAACUACUCUUUGUCACCAAGACCUACCUAUACAUCCAUAGAUCAAGCUAACAUGUUCAUUUCUGGCCCACCAAAGAAACGGCACCGGGGAUGGUACCCUGGGUCACCCGUCUCCCAGUCUACUCUAGUCGUGCCAGUUCCCACAGUUCGUCCUCUUUCAAGAACUGAGCCCCUUUUAUCUACCCCAGUUCCACAGACCCCAUUAACUGGAAUUCUCCAGCCUCGGCCUGUCCCUGCAGGGGAAACUGUGAUUGUUCCUGAAAAUCUGCUGAGUAACUCAGGAGUUAGACCAGUUAUCCUGAUAGGCUAUGGCACUUUACCCUACUUCUAUGGAAAUGUUGGUGACAUUGUUGUGAGUCCUCUACUGGUGAAUUGCUACAAGAUUCCACAGUUGGAAAACAAAGAUCUGGAACAAUUAGGGUUAACUAGCACCCAUCUCUUGAGUGUGGAGAACAUGAUCCUUCUGACGAUACAGUACCUUGUACGGUUAGGUCCUGACCAGAUACCUCUCAGGGAAGAAUUUGAGCAGAUCAUGCUGAAAGCUAUGCAGGAAUUUUCUGUGAGAGAGAGAGCCCUGCCUUUGGGUGCUCCAUGUGCACCCAUGUCACCAGCACAGCUCCCCUGGCUUGCUAGAUUAGCUGCCAGUGUGUCUCAGGACCUGGUUCAUGUGAUUGUGACCCACAACUCUCUAUCAGAAGGCAUUUCGGAGACACUGAGGAUUCUCAGUGAAAUGAAACAUUAUCAAAGGCUGCCAGAUUAUGUCGUGGCAAUUUGUGCCUCAAAAAUCAGAGGGAAUGAAUUUUGUGUCGUGGUGUUAGGUCAGCAUCAGUCCCGGGCCCUGGCAGAGAGCAUGCUUACCACAAGUGAGUUUUUGAAAGAAAUCAGUUAUGAGCUCAUCACAGGAAAGGUCAGCUUCCUGGCAUCACAUUUCAAAACAACGUCAUUAGGUGAUGACCUGGACAAGCUGCUUGAAAAAGUGCAACAAAGAAGAGGAGACAGUGUGGUCACCCCUUUCAAUGGUGACCUUAACGAGUGUGUGUCACCUCAGGAGGCUGCUGCUAUGAUUCCCACACAAAACCUGGAUGUAGAUAACGAAACCUUCCAAAUUUAUCAACCACAGCUCACAGUUGCCAGAAGACUCUUAUCCCAGGUGUGUGCGAUCGCAGACAGUGGCAGCCAGAGCCUGGACCUCGGCCACUUUAGCAAAGUGGACUUCAUCAUCAUUGUCCCAAGGUCAGAGGUUCUGGUCCAGCAAACUCUGCAGCGUGUUCGACAAUCAGGUGUCCUUGUAGACCUGGGUCUGGAGGAAAAUGGGCUUGCUCAUCAGAGAGCAGAGAAAUAUGUUGUUCGCCUAGACAGUGAGAUUCAAAGCAAGUUUGAAGUUUUCAUGAGGAAGGUGAAGCAGAACCCCUACACGCUGUUUGUGCUGGUUCAUGACAACUCCCAUGUGGAGCUAACGAGUGUGAUCUCAGGCUCUCUGUCACAUGGUGAGCCAACCCAUGGAUUGGCUGAUCGAGUUAUUAAUUGCAGAGAAGUUCUAGAAGCUUUCAACCUCCUGGUGCUCCAGGUGAGCUCCCUCCCAUACACACUGCAGACCCAACAGUCUCGAAUCAGCUCCAGCAACGAGGUCCACUGGAUACAACUGGACACAAUGGAGGAUGUGGGCUGUGAGAAGCUAUACUUUGGCUUGAAUGAGUACAGCAAGUCUCUGCAGUGGGGGAUCACCAGCCCACUCCUGAGAUGUGAUGAAACCUUUGAGAAGAUGGUGAGCACCCUCUUGGAGAGAUACCCCCGGCUACAUAGCAUGGUCGUGCGCUGCUAUCUUCUCAUCCAGCAGUACUCAGAGGCCUUGAUGGCUCUCACCACCAUGGCGUCACUCCGAGACCACAGCACACCAGAAACGCUGAGCAUUAUGGAUGACCUUAUCACCUCCCCAGGAAAAAACAAAAGUGGGAGAGGACACAUGCUCAUCAUCAGAGUGCCUUCCGUGCAGCUGGCGAUGCUGGCCAAGGAGCGGCUGCAGGAGGUUCGAGACAAGCUGGGUCUGCAGUAUCGCUUUGAGAUUAUCCUGGGGAACCCCGCCUCCGAGCUCACUGUUGCAACUCACUUUGUGACACGGUUAAAGUCCUGGAGAGGAAAUGAUCAGGAAGAGUGGAUCCCUCGGACAUACCAAGACUUGGAAGGCCUGCCCUGCAUAGUGAUAUUAACUGGCAAGGACCCUCUUGGAGAAACUUUUCCCAGGUCCUUAAAGUACUGUGAUCUGCGGUUAAUUGACUCAAGCUAUUUAACUCGAACGGCCUUGGAGCAGGAGGUGGGCCUGGCAUGCUGCUAUGUCUCAAAAGAGGUCAUCCGGGGGCCUGCUGCUGCCCUGGACCUCAGUGGAAAGGAGGCUGAGAGGGUCCCUGCCAGUGAGAAUGAUCCCGAGGAGCUGCUCAUCGAUUUGGAACAGCCACAGAGCAACAGCAGCGCUGUCACAGGAACCUCAGGUUCUAUCAUGGAGAACAGGGUGAGUUCUUCUAGCACAGCUUUCAAACCCCAGCAGUCUCUGACUCCCACCACCAGCGUUCAGCUGGAUGAAGGGCUCGCAGCCAGCACUGCCGUCGCUGCAGAGAUCCUGAAGCAGGAGUGUGACUCCUUGGGGCCUCCGAUGGCCAGUAGCUCCAAGCCUUCUUCGUCCUCAUCCUCCAGUGCCCAGGUUCUUGCAUGGUCUGGGCAGCCCCAGGAUCUACACAUAGUCCUGCCUCCUGUGGUGAUCUUAUCCAAAGCCGCAUACAGCCUGCUGGGAUCCCAGAAGGGCAGCAGGCUGCCACCCUCCACCUCCUUGCUGCCCCAUGCUGAUGUGGCCUGGGUGAGCUCCCUGCGGCCAAGCCUGCACAAGGACAUGAGCCCCGAGGAGCAGUCCCUUUAUUACCGCCAGUGGACCUCAGCCCGGCAGCACCACGCUGACUACAGCAACCAGCCAGACCCCAUCUCAGGCGCGCAAACCUUGCACCCGAGGCGGCUGCUGCUCACUGGGCCCCCCCAGGUGGGAAAGACUGGCUCCUAUUUACAGUUCCUUAGGAUCCUUUUCCGAAUGCUCAUCCGGCUGCUGGAGGUAGAUGUGUAUGAUGAGGAAGAGAUAAACACAGAUCACAGUGAUAACAGCGAACUGAGCCAGUCAGAGGGAGAGCCCUGGCCUGACAUCGAGACCUUCAGCAAAAUGCCUUUCGACAUCAGUGUGCACGAUCCCAAGUACAAUAUGAUGAGCCUGGUCUACAGCGAGAAGCUGGCUGGGAUCAAACAAGAAGUAAUAAAGGAAUACAAAGUUGAGGAGCCCCGGAAACGAGAAACCAUGUCUAUGAUGCUGACCCAGUAUGCAGCCUACAAUACCUUCCACCACUGUGAACAGUGCCACCAGUACAUGGACUUCACCCCCGCCUCCCAGAUGUCUGACCCCACCCUUCACGCAUUCACAUUCUCCUCUUCUAUGCUGGGAGAAGAAGUCCAGCUGUAUUUCAUCAUCCCUAAGUCCAAAGAGAGUCACUUUGUCUUCAGCAAGCAGGGCAGACAUCUGGAGAGCAUGCGGCUGCCCCUGGUUUCUGACAAGAAUCUAAAUGCAGUCAAGAGCCCUAUUUUCACUCCUUCCAGUGGUCGCCAUGAGCAUGGACUCCUAAACCUUUUCCAUGCCAUGGAGGGCAUCAGCCACCUUCACCUCCUGGUAGUCAAAGAAUAUGAGAUGCCACUAUACCGAAAAUACUGGCCCAACCACAUCAUGCUGGUGCUUCCUGGCAUGUUCAAUAACGCAGGCAUGGGUGCUGCUAGGUUCCUCAUUAAGGAGCUGUCAUAUCACAACCUAGAACUGGAAAGGAAUCGCCUGGAGGAACUGGGAGUCAAGCGGCAGUGUGUCUGGCCUUUCAUUGUUGUGAUGGAUGACUCCUGUGUCCUGUGGAACAUUCAUAGUGUUCAGGAGCAAACCAGCCAGCCUACAGAAGCAGGAAUUUCCAGUAAGAAUGUGUCCUUGAAGAGUGUCUUGCAGCAUAUUGAAGCUACACCAAAAAUUAUCCACUACGCAAUCCUGGGCAUACAGAAAUGGAGCAGCAAGCUGACUUUGCAGAACCUAAAGGCCCCAUUCUCAAGAUGUCAUGUGCAUGACUUCAUUCUCCUCAAUAUAGACCUAACUCAGAAUGUACAGUAUGACUUCAACAGGUAUUUCUGUGAAGAUGUUGAUUUUAACCUGAGAACAAACAGUAGUGGCCUCCUCAUCUGCCGCUUUAAUAACUUCAGUCUCAUGAAGAAACACAUUCAGGUUGGAGGACAAAGGGACUUUAUCAUUAAACCAAAGCUCAUGGUUCCAGAGAACUUCGCUCCCAUCCUGCCCCUUCAGUACGUCUGUGCUCCUGACAGUGAACACACACUACUGGCAGCCCCUGCACAGUUCCUCCUGGAGAAGUUCCUUCAACAUGCCUCAUAUAAACUCUUCCCUAAAGCCAUCCAUAACUUCAAGAGUCCUGUGCUGGCCAUUGACUGCUACCUAAACAUUGGACAGGAGGUAGCCAUAUGCUAUGUCAGUUCCAGACCCCACUCCAACAAUGUCAAUUGUGAAGGGGUGUUUUUCAGUGGACUCCUCCUGUAUCUCUGUGACUCUUUUGUAGGUGCUGAUCUUCUCAAGAAAUUUAAAUUUCUAAAAGGUGCUACCCUGUGCGUCAUCUGCCAAGACAGAAGCUCCUUACGUCAAACAAUUGUUCGCUUAGAGUUAGAGGAUGAGUGGCAGUUCCGCCUCCGGGAUGAGUUUCAAACUGCUAACAGCAGUGAUGACAAGCCUCUCUACUUUCUUACUGGACGCCAUGUUUGAGUUUUUGAAGAAACCAAAACCAACAAACAGACCCCUAAGGGGGUGGGACAAUUAUUGGGGAUUUUUUUUCCUUUAAAGUACAAUCACUGUGGAGCAAAGUGCAACAUAUUUAUCUCUUCUCCAAAGAGCUCCCCAAAUGUGACCAAGGUCUUUGGGGGCACUGUCCUUUCAGUUCUGCUGACAGGACUCUGGCUCAGGUCAAUGCUACAGUGGGCAGUUAUGCAGCUACUUAGGGUGUGCUCUGCUUGUGGGAGCCCAAGGAUAUAUUCUGGAGAACAAAUGUGGAGUCUGCAUUGUUUUCUUUUUUUUUUUAAACCAUACUAUGUUGAGGGCAAGAGACUGUCAGCAUUAGCCAGCUUGAAUGUGUUACAUGAGACUCACACCACUGGUGUGGAAUGAACUGAAGAUUAACACUUGAGGCCUGAACCCUCAGUUUCUCUUCAGAUCUGUACUUUGGUACAGUAUUACUCAGGGGUCUGAAAUGAUAGAAUGUAGAAGAUAUUUGUAUUUAAAAAGAAGUAGCUUGUCUUUCUCCGUGCAGUGUUAGUUUAAGAUAUAAUCUUUUAUGUAUUGAAACCUUUGGCAAAAUUUCCACAGAAGUUAAAAGUUUACUAUUUAAACUGAACAAAAAAUCAGUAAAUGCAGAACAGGCACUGUGUGCAUCUAUGAAGGUUCUCUGAGCUUAACUCUUUUGCUUUUCCAAUUUCUAGUUUUAAGCACACUAUGUCUAUGAAAACAUAGACAGUGAUGUAUUCUUCAGUUAUCCCGGACCACUGUGUUGAUUCAAAGUAAGCAGUUGGCACCUGGAAACCCACAUAGCACGCUAGGAUUCUAUUGUGGAGUCUACCUAGCUGGUUUCAUUGGCUCAGGCUUAGCAUCCGUUAAACACUCAGUGAGUAACAGCUGUGGUGCACUGACAGAUAAAAAUGAGUGGAACCAUAGACAAGUUUUCCUUAUAAUUUUAUCAGUGACAUUUUCCCUGAGUAAAGAAGACUCCAUGAAGAGUCUUUUGGACUCACUAAAGUUAUCAGGUAGUGUAUGACUAAUACCAACAACAGUAGGAGGCAUAAGUUUCUAUGUAUUUGUAACCAAAUAUUUUAAUCAGAAACAUUUUGAGAAAAUAUUCUACAAUUACCGAUCUACUGGGAGUUUACACUGAAACCGUGUAGUUUGUGGUCUCUUCAGAGUCUUCCCAGCUCAUGUGGAUGAGUUUAUCUCCAGUUAGGAUUGUCACUUUUACUUGACUCUGUCGUAGGACCUAAGACUACUGAGAGUCCUACUGAGCCGACGUUACUGCACGUGUUAGAUGAUGGACUUGGUUAUCCAGGGAUAACAAGGACUUUACAGCUAGUCAGAAGAUGGAAUGUCUUAGAUGGACAUGGUUUGCAGAUCUCUUGGUUUUAAUAUAGCUACUUAUGAUGUUUUAAAUGUAUUUUAAAUGGAUAAUUCCUUUUAAUCCCACUUUUAAUUGUCCUUCACAGAGGACUUUGCCUUAUUAUAUGCUUACUUAGCUUUAGUACAGCAGAAUUUCAGCAAAGAGGUACGUUCUAGGGAAGUCUGAAUUAGAUAUCAAUGUAUCUAACUCGUUCCUGCUUUGCUGAAAGGAUCCAAUGCAGGUAAAAUCAAGAAAGCCACUGUUUGUGCAAUAUUCCAAUAACACUAUGUAAGGUGAAUAAAAUACUUGAAAUAAUUUCACAACAAUUUUAUGAAGGGCAGAGGCCUCUUAGAAGUUCUUACUGGUUUAUUCUUUUUGGACUAAGUUACUUUAAUGCAAGUACUCCAUGUUAGUUAGGGCUACAAUCUAGAAAUCCAAGUGAUCAUGAACUGUAAAUACUAUUCAACUCUGUUCAAGAGAAAUGUCAGAAUAAAACCAAAAGGCCAUCACUCCAAUAGUUGAGAAAGCUCAAUUUACCUGCCUCUUUGUCUGCAAAGCCUAACUUCAUUAAGGUUUGGAUCUUUUAAAAUUACCUACAUCAGUAUAAUGUUUUAGAGAAAAUACUAGGUCCUCUUCAAGAAUGAAAUUGCACAAGCCCAGGCCACCGUGAUUUGCUAAUUCCUGUCUUGGUGUGUUUGAUCUUACCUUUUUCCAUCCCCGAGGACACUGAAGUAGGGCAAAUGGAUUCACUAAGACAUUGAGGUAGGGUAAACCUGGUAACUUACCUGCAGACCUGCUUGGCAUGCGUGAUAGUUCACAGAGGUUAAUACUGAAUGUAAACUGAAACUUAGAAAUGCUGUAGUCGAGUUUUGGCUGUAAUUCAUACAACUGCUUCAUGUGAUUGUUAGAAAGGGGGCAUCUGUGUUACUGUUACUGUAAAACUUUCUUAACCAAAACGUGGUGAAUUUCACUCGCUAGUCAGUCUACCUCACAUUUUGUUUAUGACUCUAAGCUGUCUUAAGUUGUGUCUACAGUAUGUUCUUGUCCUUUGAUUUGGCAAAUGUAUUAAAAUUCCCUCUCACUCCUCAGCU